AUGUUCGCUCGUCAAGCUUUCCGCAGCGCGCAGCCCCUGAAGCAGGGCUUCCGCAAGUACUCUACCGAGAGCGCGCCCAAGAAGGCCAAUCUCACUCCCGUCUACGUCGCUGUUGGUCUCGCCGGUGUCGGUGCAGGUCUCUGGCGCUACAGCUCCGAUUCGAGCUCGCUCCCUGCCGCGAUCAAGCUCGAGGACCGCCCCAAGGUCUUCACCGGUGACUGGGUCGACCUGAAGCUUGCUGAGAUUGAGAUCCUGAGCCACAACACCAAGCGUUUCCGCUUCGAGUUUGAUGACCCCGAGGCUGUCUCUGGUCUUCCUGUUGCCUCUGCCUUGCUGGCCAAGUACAAGCCCGCGGAUGCCGAGAAGCCCGUCCUCCGUCCCUACACCCCCACCAGCGAUGAAGAUACUCCCGGUUAUCUCGAGCUUGUCGUCAAGGCCUACCCCGGUGGCCCCAUGUCCGAGCACCUGCACUCCAUGAACGUUGAUCAGCGUCUGUCGCUGAAGGGUCCUCUUCCCAAGUAUCCCUGGGAGGCUAACAAGCACCAGCACAUCACCCUGAUUGCCGGUGGCACUGGUAUCACUCCCAUGUACCAGUUGGCUCGUCGCAUCUUCAAGAACCCCGAUGACCGCACCAAGGUCACCCUGGUAUUCGGUAACGUCAGCGAGGAGGAUAUCCUGUUGAAGAAGGAGCUGGAGGAGCUGGAGAACACCUAUCCCCAGCGCUUCCGUGCCUUCUACGUUCUGGACAACCCUCCUAAGGGCUGGACCGGCGGCAAGGGCUUCAUCACCAAGGAGUUGCUGAAGACUGUCAUGCCGGAGCCCAAGGAGGAGAACAUCAAGAUCUUUGUCUGCGGUCCUCCUGGUCUUUACAAGGCGAUCAGUGGUCCCAAGGUCAGCCCUAAGGAUCAGGGUGAGCUGACCGGAAUCCUGAAGGAGUUGGGUUACUCCAAGGACCAGGUGUUCAAGUUCUAG